AUGUACAGCACCUAGAAACAGCACAACAGUCGUGCUGAAUACGGGCAGUGCAGUUGAGUCGGUGGUUGACAUGUUGAAAUAGGAUCCCUUUGACUUUGCAUUUAACGAUCUAUUGACACCCCGGUUUAAGAAAUGGGCGCUUGUGGUAUCACCUCAUCGAAGACGGCCUUGGUCUUCCUUAACCUGAUCUUUUGGGCGGCUGCUGGGGUUCUGUGCUAUGCUGGAGCGUAUGUCUUGAUAACAUAUGAUGACUAUGAUCACUUCUUCGAAGACGUGUAUACCCUUAUCCCGGCUGCGAUUAUCAUUGGCGUCGGGGCACUUCUGUUCAUCAUUGGCCUCAUCGGAUGCUACUCCACAGUCCGGGAGAGCCCCUGUGGACUGGCAUCUUUUGUCUUCAUCCUGUUGCUGGUGUUCAUGAUAGAAGUGGCCGUGGUGGUUCUUGGAUAUGUUUACAGAGCAAAGGUUGAAGAACGUGUGAACAGUUCAAUCCAGGGUGUGUACGAUGAAUACAAUGGAACCAACAGUGAUGCUGCUAGCCGUGCUAUCGACUACGUGCAGAGACAGCUCAAGUGUUGUGGGAUCCACAACUACUCUGAUUGGACACACACUCCGUGGUUUGAGGGUUCCAAGAAUAACAGUGUACCGAUCAGCUGCUGCAGACCGGAUCUUGAAACCUGCACAGGGUCCCUGACCCGCACCGAGGACCUGUUCCAAGAGGGCUGUGAAGCUCUGGUUGUGAAGAAGCUGAAAGAGAUCAUGAUGUAUGUCAUCCUGGCAGCAGUGACGUUUGCUACAAUUCAGAUGCUGGGCAUUCUGUGUGCUUGUGCCGUUCUGUGUCAAAGAAGGCCUGCAUCGAACUAUGACCGUCUCAUCACCGGAGAAACAUAUGGGUGAAGAAGUUGUACAUACACUUACAAACACACUCCUUUUAACAUGCAAAUAGAGUUGGUUUCUGUCUAGAAUUGUAUUCUCCAACAACCAAAGGGGAGAACCAUUCUUUUGUUUUGGCCUCUUAAAAAGAAAAUAUAAAGAAAUAAGUAAAGUGUGGAUCAUUCAGUCUCACUGACGGUGAGUGAGGUGUUAAUUUCUAGGUAAGACUAGUCUUAACUAAUCAGUUUGAACACAUUAUUUUGAAAUUGUGAAUGUCUCAAAGAACACUAUUGUAUCAAUAUAUCUCCAUAGAGGGCAUACAAGUAUAGUAUUUUGUCCAUAUAGUUAGUUUCAUCAGCCUUCCAAUAAAAGCUGUAGAAUUGAAUUUCCUGACUUGUAGCGUUUGAAAACUCAAGAAUGUAAAUAAAAUGUAGGAAAGU